AUGGUUUUAAUGUUAAUUGAUAUAUUUAUUUUGGCAUCAUUUCUUAAUAUCAUAUCAUAUUUUAUUUUUCAAUGUACACCAAAUUGUAAAAAGUAUUUUGAUAAUACGAGUAAUCCAUCAUUUCAAACGAGUGGAAAUUUUUUUGGAGCCAAUAACAAAAAAGUUGCAAGUGAAAUUACGGUUGUUAGACCCGCAACAUCUCCAUUGACAAAACCAAAAAUUAUUCAACCAAGUGAAACAAAAAGAACUAAAAAAGAAGAAGAGAUUGCAAAAGGUAAUAAUUUUACUAAAAAAGAUAAUCAUCCAACAUUUGAAGAUAUAAAUGAUGAUUGGGAACCUUCAAUUGAAGAUACGACAACAACAAUUACAGUAAAUGAUUUGUUAACGCAAUCAUAG